GCACUACUCCGUCUCGCUCGCUUUCAGCCAACUUCCCUCCCCGGCCGCUGGAAGUAGAAACCUUUUCGCAUGCUGUGUUCGCGGACAGUUCCCCCCACUGUUGCCGCUUGUUUUGCUUUCUCUGCGCGACCAUGUCUCGAGGCUCCAGCGCCGGCUUUGACCGGCACAUUACUAUUUUUUCCCCCGAAGGGCGCCUAUAUCAAGUAGAAUAUGCAUUCAAGGCCAUAAACCAGGGUGGACUGACAUCAGUAGCUGUUCGUGGAAAGGACUGUGCAGUUAUUGUCACACAGAAAAAAGUACCUGACAAGCUACUGGAUUCGAACACAGUGACUCACUUAUUCAGAAUAACUGAAAAUAUUGGCUGUGUAAUGACCGGAAUGACAGCGGACAGUAGAUCCCAGGUGCAGCGAGCUCGCUAUGAGGCUGCUAACUGGAAGUACAAAUACGGUUAUGAGAUUCCAGUGGAUAUGCUAUGUAAAAGAAUUGCAGAUAUUUCUCAGGUCUAUACACAGAAUGCUGAAAUGAGACCUCUUGGUUGCUGCAUGAUUAUGAUUGGCAUUGAUGAAGAAAACAAUCCUCAGGUAUACAAGUGUGAUCCAGCCGGAUAUUACUGUGGGUUUAAGGCCACAGCUGCAGGGGUUAAACAAACAGAAUCAACUAGCUUUCUUGAAAAGAAAGUGAAGAAAAAAUUGGACUGGACAUUUGAACAGACAGUGGAGACCGGAAUUACCUGUCUUUCUACUGUUUUGUCCAUUGACUUCAAACCAUCUGAAAUAGAAGUAGGGGUUGUUACAGUUGAUAAUCCAAAAUUCAGGAUUCUUACAGAAGCCGAAAUUGAUACGCACCUUGUCGCUCUAGCAGAGAGAGAUUAACUCUGUUUAAAAUGGCUCAUUCUGUGAUUGCAAGGCAAAAUGUUUGGUGAAUACAAAUGGGUGGUUCUGAAUUAUGGGUUGAAAAAAGAAUCCUCUGUAUCUGAUGUACUUCUUCACCUUGAUAAAUAAAGUGAGGUUUUGGAAUGGUUUGUUCUCUUAUUGUUUGAUGUUAAAGUUACAGGUCAGAGAUGCUGUGACUCAAUCUAUAACUUUUAUUCCUUUGAGAAUGGAGUAUAGUCCCUGCCGCAUUUUUAAGUCUUCCAGAAUUUCACUAUGCACAGCAUACUAAUAAAGGAUCCCUUACUACUUUUGGAAACAUAGCAAAAAAUUCUAUGCUGAUCUUCUGUAUAUGUGAAAAGAUAGGCCCACUGAUCUUAUUUUCUGGAUAAAUGUGUGUGCAGCACUAGCUUCAUUUACUGUAUUUUUUGUGUGAGUCCAAUAAGCAGAGAUGAAUACAAUAUAAUUGAAAAUCAAUUGAAGUGACAAAAGAUGUAACAUUUGCAAAGCUGCAUUCAAGUAUAUGACGAUUUGAGAAGAAAAUUGGGGCAUACAAAAUGUUACAUUUGAAACAGUUUGAAACACUUUUUGUAUACUCUCAGAAGUACUUUCCUCAGAGUCAGCGGGUUUCUGAAAGUUUAGAAUGUGUUAAAAGAACCAUGGGACUGAUUUCAAAAUCUAUCUUGAAUGUAUAAUUUAUUAGGCUAAUUUGUCUUUCACCAAUCUCAGAUGUGGUACAUGUCUGCUUCAGUGAUGUUAUAGCCAAUCUGCCAGUCUUUGCAAUAACUUUAUAACAUGUGAAAGCUCUUAUGAUCUCCAGAUCUCUUCAUCAGUUAAAAUACCAGAAAAGCAGGUUAAGAUUUCACCAGGUGUUGGGAUGAUUUCAAGGUGCAAUUAAAACUGCUUACAUUAAAACUGCUGCUUGAUCAGCUUUUUUUGGUGAGGGGGAAAUUUUCAAUUGGCCAUCAUAGUCAGCAAGACUUUAGCAGUUAAAACAACAAAUAAAAAUACAAUAAAAACUCCAUGAAAUGUUAAAAGUAGUUAUUGUUUUAACCUACUUCAUAUCUUAAGAAUAUCUUAAAACAUGUUAAGUUUA